AUGCCACAAGCUCCUACUGCAGAUACGUCAUCUGUGUUGAGUCCCCAUGUGCCUAUCCAAAAGGCUCCUGCACUCGACAUGAGCACUGUUCCUACGACUGCUCCACCAGAGAACCCUCGCACUAACCCACCUACGCGCAUCUUUGGCCUUGAGGAUGCACCAUGCUUCUAUCCGACCGCUGAUGAGUUUAUUGAGCCUUUAAAGUAUAUUGAGAGUAUCCGUCCAGAGGCUGAGAAGGCCGGUAUCUGCAAAAUCAUCCCCCCCGCGGGCUGGAAACCCCCUUUUUCACUCGAUACUGAGGUUUUUCGUUUCAAGACUAGGAUUCAAAGGCUCAAUUCGAUGGAAGGUCAGACGAGGACCAACCUCAACUACCUUGAGCAACUCUACAAAUUCCAUCGUCAACAGGGCCAUCCUGUCUACAAGAUCCCGCAGCUCGAUAAGCGACCUAUGGACUUGUAUCAACUCAGAAAAGAAGUUGCCGCUCGUGGCGGUUAUCAAAAAGUGACCGCGAGCAAAAAAUGGGCGGAGAUUGGACGUGGCAUGAAUUACACACGAAAGCAGUGCACAUCCAUGUCAAAUGCUCUUAAAAACGCCUACCUUAACAUUAUCCUUCCUUACGAGGUCUAUCUUGCUAAGCAUAAGCAGCCAAACUCUACAGCAAGCUCACCAGGUGAUGCUAUUGCUGGCACUAAACGAGAAGCAAGCACAGACAUGUCAUUAGACGAGAGUCAAGGCACCUUAGCCACACCUGCAGCUUCGCCACCACCCAGUAACUCUAUGCCUUCAUCUCCAGCUGGAUCAUUGUUAGACCGCAUGUCAACAGAACCAGCGUCCUUCAAAUCAGAGGAUAGUCAUACCAGCAGCCAAAACGACAGCGAGAAUAAUAACGUAGACAAAUCUAAAGCUAUCUGUGAACUGUGUCGUCAGGGAGGUCACUUGGAUAGGAUGCUAAUUUGUGACGGCUGUGAACUUGGACACCAUACUUUCUGUUUGAGUCCGCCACUGCAGCAUAUCCCCAAGUCUGACUGGUAUUGUCCUAAAUGUUUGAUCGCAGGUGAAGACUUUGGGUUUGAAGAAGGAGAGGAAUACUCUCUGAGCUCGUUCCAGCAGAAAUGCAACACGUUUAAGAAGGAGUACUUUGAAAAGAUGGGAUAUGCGGACGGGAAAGUCUCAGAGGAUGUGGUCGAACGAGAGUUCUGGAGACAAGUCGAGAAUGCUUUCGAGACUGUUGAGGUCGAAUAUGGCGCGGAUCUUCACUCAUCGCAACACGGAAGUGGGUUCCCGACGCAGAAGCGUAAUCCUCAUGACAAAUACUCGACUCAUCCUGCUAAUCUAAACAACAUGCCGGUGUUACCACAGUCUCUCUUCCGCCACAUUAAAUCUGAUAUUUCAGGAAUGAUGAUCCCUUGGUUGUAUGUUGGCAUGUGCUUUUCAACUUUCUGUUGGCACAACGAAGAUCAUUAUACCUAUUCGAUUAAUUACAUGCAUUGGGGAGAGACCAAGACCUGGUACGGAAUCCCAGCUUCAGAUGCCCUCAAGUUUGAAGAGACGAUGCGACAGGCUGUCCCAGAACUCUUUGAGCAACAGCCUGAUUUAUUGUUUCAGCUCGUGACAAUGCUUUCGCCUGGCAGAUUAGUCGAGAAUGGAGUCAAAGUUGUAGCAUUGGAUCAAAGACCAGGACAGCUUGUUGUGACUUUCCCACAAGCUUACCAUGCUGGAUUUAAUCAAGGAUUCAAUUUUGCUGAGGCUGUCAAUUUUGCGCCACCUGACUGGUGUCACUUUGGAGUUGACUGUGCACUGCGAUAUAAGGAACAUCGGAAACACCCUGUCUUUUCACAUGAUGAAUUAAUCAUUACCACAGCGCUUAAGGACAGAAGCUCCGAGACUGCAAAAUGGCUUCAGCACGAAAUGAAAGAUUUGUUGGAGCGAGAGAUGGCGCAGCGAAAGAAAGCUUUGGAUUCGUACCCAUUUAUGGCUGUAAUUGUGGAAGAAAUGGAUCGUCCUGAGGAAGAGGUCCAAUGUUUGUAUUGCAAUUCCUAUAUAUACCUUUCACAAGUUGCAUGCAGCUGUGGACCCAAAGUUGUUUGUAGCGAUCAUAUUUCUGAAUUCUGCCAAUGCGAUCCAUCGAAACGUUUUCUCCGACUUCGGUACUCUGACAAACAGCUCGAGGAUAUUGUCCAAAAGGUGGUUGAUACCGCAGCCUCUGCAUAA